AGCAACAAAAAGACAGCGACCCACAGAUGAGAGGACAGUCUGACAGACUCACACAGGCUGCUGCUGCCUGGAGAUGGAUUUAAGUUUCCUUCAAGCUCUGGAGAGAGAAAAAGUCCUGCAGGUUCUCCACAGAGACAAACAGCUGCGCGCUAUUGAAGAGGACAGAAUCAGAAGAAUGAAACAUGAGCUGCUGGAGCUGAGAAGAAGCGGUACUCAGGGUUCUGUCAGGCAGUACGGCGAGCGGACCUGCGCCCGCUGCCAGAGGCAGCUGGGAAAGUUCUGCAACACAGGAGACGUCUGCAGAGGCUGCAGCCAUCGGGUGUGCAAAGACUGCCGCAUGGGCGUGGGAGCUGCAGGAUGGCAAUGCACCAUCUGCCAUGCUUACAGAAAGGUGAAGUUCAGGUCUGGAGACUGGUUCUUAGAAGAGCGAGGAAGGAAAUUUCCUGUCACCACAGACAGAUAUGAAACGGUUGGGGAGAUGUUAUUAAAAACAUACAGCGUGCUAAGUGUUAUAUCAGUCAUACCCCCCACUCCUCCAUCACAUUCUGACUAUCAGUACCUGAGCAGAUCUGGGGAUUUUAAAAGUGCAAAGCCUUUGACCUUAUCUAUGGAAGAUUUGGUUACUUCCUUCACCAACCAUCUUAAUAGGCAGAUUUCCACAUCUCAGGAUGACAUGCGAGGAGACCAACUGAAUGACAACAAAAGCAGGAGGCAGCAGGAGUACAGCACCCAAAAAAGCCUCUCAGACACAGAUAUCAGUAAAUCGAUCCAGCUCUGCAAAGGCUUCAGUCUUCCAAAUCUAUUCAAGAAAAACAAAGACAGUGACGGUGAAGGCUCCUCCACAGGGGCAGAAGAGGAAACUUUCAGUUCUGAGUAUUCUGGAGGAAAGCGAGGCAGUAACAGCAGCAUCAGCACCGACUGCAGCCUGUUUGACGGCAUGAGUGUGACAGGAGAACUGGAGCUGGCCCUGGACUACAACACCAGCACCUCGUGUCUGGAGAUCACAGUGGGAGCUGGCAGAAAUCUCACUUGUGGAGACACCAAGAGGAAGAAGUGCCACCCAUGCGUUAGAGUCUGUCUUUUACCAGAAAAAAACAAGAACUGCAAACUGAAGACGACUGUGAAGAAAAACACCACUGAUCCGGUUUAUAAUGAAGUUUUAAAGUAUCACAUAGAUCGCAACUUGUUGCAUACAAAGAAGCUGCAGGCCUCCGUGUGGAAUUCAGGAGCUCUGAAGAAGAAGGCGUUUCUCGGCGCGGUCCUCAUCCCUUUGGACGGCUGGAUAUUUGAGGAUCGGGCGCCCCACUGGUACCCGUUGUGUCCCAGGGUAAACUUUUAGAUGAGACAUGAGGAAACCCCUCACAUGCCCUGUUGUCUGGAGGAUGGUUUCAGUCGGCAGCUUACCCUCAUCUUCUUGCUUGUAAUUGUGGACAGUGUGGAUGAGCA